AUGGAUGACCCUCCCCAACAAUUUACUGAUGCCUUCUGUACUGGAACAUUUGUAGUAAAUGUGACCCAGAGCUCCUAUCAGGCAGAGGAGAACCAGGAGAUCACACUGGAUUGGACCUUCACAACCAACAAUAACAGUUCCUCCAACUCUCUUAAUGUCUUCUGUCAACUGUUAGCUGUACUCAAGAAUCCAGUUAUGUUUCGUCUCCAUGAAGGAGUUGAGGUCCCAGAGGCUCAGCACGAACAGUUUGCAGGACGAGUCCAGUGGGACAAAGACGUCCUCAGAGAAGGACGACUCCGAUUUAAUGUGUCCAGACUCAGGACUGAAGACUCGGGACUAUACAAGUGCCAUGUGGUCACAAGUUAUGGGAGGAACUCUGGUAGCUGUCUACUCAAUAUCACAGAGUCGAGCUCUGUUAAAGCCUUGACGACGGAGACGCCGCUGCAUCCCAAAAUCCUCCAGACUCCAGGUCCAAACGAUGAGACGGCUGUUAAAGGUGGGCGUCUGUACCUGAGCGUACCGAUCCUCGGUGUGUUUGGCUGCAUCGUCCUGAUCCUGGGUGCUGGACUCAGCGCAUAUUUACUCAAACUAAGUUAUCAACACCAAACUGUAAGUCAGGACGACUUGCUCGUUUAAGAGAAAGCCCCAGCGCUACCUUCACUACUACGUCUGGGCCAACGUUGAGUCGGGAGAUGACGGCCGCCGCGGUAUUUCACCGGACCUUUUAACUGACCCACGAUGGAAGAAGUCUCUCAGGGCUCUCCUCCACCAGCUGGGGGGAACUGGGAGGGAAAUACACGACUCACAAACUGGCUUUUUGUGGUUCUGUUGUUGUAACGACACAUACUCAUGGUCUGUGUAUGCCGCAUCACUGGGACCAGAGGCCCGCGCUACGGAGCAAGAUUUCAGGCUUGACUUUUCAGUGAGUUCAGGUUUUGGUGGAUCGCUUGUGGCACAGUAACCACGGCUGCGAAACAACCGAGAGUCAUUCAUUUCCUUAUGGAGAUUCACAGACCGCGAGCGAACGGGUCCGAGCCGAUGCGAACGAGUGCGCUGCGGAAAAAAAUCGGGUCCGUUGGUCAUCUGGAGGCGGCAUUUUUUAUUUUAUUUUUUCUACUCUCUUCCGACGCUUUUCAACGGUGUAGUACGACCAGUACCACCGGGGGGCGCAUUAUGGAGCUAGUGUGAAGGAGAAUCCACUGAACUGGAUUACUGGGGUUUAGUCACGAUGUCACUCUUGGAAGAUUUUAAAGGAACACGCCGACUUAUUGGGACUUUGUGUUAUUCCCCGUGUCCCCCCAGAGUUAGAUAAGUCCAUACAUACCCUUCUCAUCUCCGUGCGUGCUGUAAUUUGUAAUUUAUUACCUGUUUACAUAGUGAACCCAAACACGAGGAAGGCAGAUAUUUAGAACGUACGAAUUGACCUGAAGUCUUCAACGUGCUGUAUUUACUGCAAUUUUUUUUAUAAUUUUUUUUAUUUAUUUGUUUAUCUAACAUACAAGGACCAUACAGGACCAUACAAGCAAACAUAGUUCCAAUACAAAGCCCGUAACUGAUGCGCAGCAUAUAGAGUUUAUAGCUAGUGCUAAUUCUCAACUCUUGUCGCUGGUUGGGCAUUUCUAAGAACAUUAUAAAACAGAUACAUGCAUAAGAAAAAAAGAGAAAUAAAAAGGAAAAAUCAUAGGCAUUUCUUCAUACACACACACACCUUCACUCACUACACAACUAAACAAAAUAAUACUAAUAACAAUAGUUAAAAAUGCUUACAGUUUUGAUUUGCCUUUAGCCACAACUUAAUGCUGGAAGUAAAAAAUGUUAAGUCCGAUAUGACCUUAAUGUCAGCUGGUAAUGAAUUCCAUAGUCUACAGCUCUUAAUAAUACCUACACUAACAAUAGAUAUAUUUUUAUAAAACUGAUGUGUGGAUGUUGGGUCAACUUGUCAUCUGUUGCAUUAUCACAGCAAUCGAUUUAUUCCUCAUGUCUUUACUAGCUGAGAUAAUCUUUUUUAAGAUUGUUUUGGGCAUUUUAGGCCUUUAUUUUGAUAGGACAGCUGAAGACAUGAAAGGGGAGAGAGAGGCGGGGGGGGGGAUGACAUGCAGCAAAGGGCCGCAGGUCGGAGUCGAACCCGCGGCCGCUGCGUCGAGGAGUGAACCUCUACAUACUGAGGCUUGCAAAGGUAUUCAUACCCCUUGAACUGUUCCACAUUUUGUCACGUUACAAACGUAAAUGUAUUUCAUUGGGACCAACACUAAGUGGCCCAUAUUUGGGAAGUGGAAGGAAAAGGAUACCUGGGUUUUCAAAUGUUUUUUUACAAAUAAAAAAACUUUUCAAGUCUUGCCAGAGAUUCUCAAUUUGAUUUAGGUCUGGGGGCUGGUAUAGGUGUCUUUUAUAGAAAUGCAGUAUUGUUUCUUUUGUAUUUAUUUCUCUUUUUAAUGUAUGUUGUAUGUCGUGUCUGUGUCUUCUGAAUGGACCUUCAGUCUGGCAAUAAAGCUGAUGAUGAUGAUGAUGAUGAUGAUGAAGAUGA